AUGCUUGCAGAUCGCAUAUGCUUGCAGAUCGCAUAUGGCAUAUGCUUGCAGAUCGCAUAUGCUUGCAGAUCGCAUAGUGGAAUAUGCUUGCAGAUCGCAUAUGGCAUAUGCUUGCAGAUGACAUAUGGCAUAUGCUUGCAGAUGACAUAUGCUUGCAGAUCGCAUAUGGCAUAUGCUUGCAGAUCGCAUAUGGCAUAUGCUUGCAGAUCGCAUAUGGCAUAUGCUUGCAGAUCGCAUAUGGCAUAUGCUUGCAGAUCGCAUAUGGCAUAUGCUUGCAGAUCGCAUAUGCUUGCAGAUCACAUAUGCUUGCAGAUCGCAUAUGCUUGCAGAUCGCAUAUGGCAUAUGCUUGCAGAUCGCAUAUGCUUGCAGAUCGCAUAAUCGCAUAUGCUUGCAGAUCGCAAAUGCUUGCAUUUGGCAGAUGCUUGCAUUUGGCAUAUGCUUGCAGAUCGCAUAUGGCAUAUGCUUGCAGAUCGCAUAUGUCAUAUGCUUGCAGAUCGCAUAUGUCAUAUGCUUGCAGAUCGCAUAUGUCAUAUGCUUGCAGAUCGCAUAUGUCAUAUGCUUGCAGAUCGCAUAUGGCAUAUGCUUGCAGAUCGCAUAUGGCAUAUGCUUGCAGAUCGCAUAUGGCAUAUGCUUGCAGAUCGCAUAUGCUUGCAGAUCACAUAUGCUUGCAGAUCGCAUAUGCUUGCAGAUCGCAUAUGCUUGCAGAUCGCAUAUGGCAUAUGCUUGCAGAUCGCAUAUGCUUGCAGAUCGCAUAG